AUGUUUAAACCAAUCCGAAAAACACACCCUUUAAUUAGAAUUGCUAAUAAUGCUUUAGUAGAUUUACCUGCCCCAUCAAAUAUUUCAGCAUGAUGAAAUUUUGGUUCUUUAUUAGGUUUAUGUUUAAUAUUACAAAUUUUAACUGGAUUAUUUUUAGCUAUACAUUAUGCUGCAGAUAUUGAAACAGCCUUUAAUAGUGUAAAUCACAUUUGUCGAGACGUAAAUAAUGGAUGAUUUUUACGAAUUUGUCAUGCAAAUGGAGCUUCUUUUUUUUUUGCUUGUUUAUUUAUACAUGUAGGUCGAGGAGUAUAUUAUGAAUCUUAUUUAUACCAUAUAACUUGAAAUACAGGAGUAAUUAUUUUAUUUUUAACAAUAGCAACUGGAUUCUUAGGAUAUGUAUUACCUUGAGGACAAAUAUCUUUUUGAGGAGCUACUGUUAUUACUAAUUUACUAUCAGCAGUUCCUUAUUUAGGAAUAGAUUUAGUACAAUGAAUUUGAGGAGGAUUUGCAGUAGAUAACGCAACUUUAACACGAUUUUUUACUUUUCAUUUUAUUUUUCCAUUUAUUAUUUUAGCUUUAAUAAUAAUUCAUUUAUUAUUUUUACAUCAAACAGGAUCUAAUAAUCCAUUAGGAUUAAAUAGAAAUGUUGAUAAAAUUCCUUUUCAUCCAUAUUUUAUUUAUAAGGAUAUUUUUGGAUUUGUAGUAUUUUUAUGAAUUUUAAUUGCUUUUAUUUGAAAAUUUAAUUAUUUAUUAAUAGAUCCAGAAAAUUUUAUUCCUGCUAAUCCUUUAGUAACCCCUGUUCAUAUUCAACCUGAAUGAUAUUUUUUAUUUGCAUAUGCAAUUUUACGAUCUAUUCCUAAUAAAUUAGGAGGAGUUAUUGCAUUAGUUUUAUCUAUUGCUAUUUUAUUAAUUUUACCAUUUACUCACUCUAGAAAAUUCCGAGGAUUACAAUUUUAUCCAUUAAAUCAAAUUUUAUUUUGAAAUAUAGUAAUUAUUGCUUCUUUAUUAACAUGAAUUGGGGCUCGACCUGUAGAAGAUCCUUAUAUUUUAACAGGACAAAUCUUAACAGUAUUAUAUUUUGCAUAUUUUUUAAUUAACCCUUUAUUAGCAAAAUUAUGAGAUAAGUUAUUAAAUUAA